AUGACAACAGGCACUUUCAAGUAUAUAGAUCCCGCUUCUUAUGUCGACAGCGAUGUCCCCUUCGUGAAGCCGUGGGGCAAAGUCGAUGGUCCCGGCUACUCAUUCAAAUUGACGGAUCGCAAGCGGCCGGUGGAAGACAUUCGCGGACAUGAAUCAAACUUUUCGGUUGACACGUCCGGCUUUGCUGUGUACAAAUCCCCUGCGCAAGAGAAGGCUUUUACGGACGAUGCAACGGUUCGGGAAGGGUAUUAUGCCGAAGUGGAGGCUCUGCUGCGGGAGAAAUUGCCCGGGGUGAAGAAGGUGGUUUUCUUCGACCAUACAAUUAGGAGGAGAGAGAAGGCUUCCCCUCGCCAACCCGUGCAGCAAGUCCAUGUCGAUCAGACACCCAACGCGGCGGCUGUGCGGGUGCGCCGACACUUGCCCGCGGAAGAGGCAGAGGAGCUGCUUAAAGGCCGCUAUCAGAUCAUCAACGUAUGGCGACCCAUCGCCAACCCAGCCACCGACUUCCCCCUUGCGGUCGUUGACUACCGCACAACUGAGCCCUCUGACAUGGUCAAGGUCGAUCUGCUCUACCCGAAAAGAGAGACCAACGGAUUCCACGACGACGACGACCGGGGCAAGGAAGUUCUUCCCGACCCAAGCUCAGCUUCAUCUACCGCCGGUUAUGAGGUGAAGGGCGAGACCUUCGCAAUUAGGCCCAACGACAAACACAAGUUCUUCUACAUGAAGGACAUGACGCCCGAAGAGGUCAUGUUCAUCAAGUGCUUCGACUCCGCCAGCGAGGUCAAUGGUGGCAAGAAAGGGGUGGCCGGAUACACGCCGCAUACUGCCUUUGUGGAUCCGCAGACACCUGCAGACGCGCCUGGGAGACAAAGCAUAGAAGUGAGAACGCUGGUCUUUUAUGAAUAG